AUGAGACAAGAGAUGGCAGAGGCGACCAGAGUGGAGCAAGUACCACAGGAGAAGCGUAUGGUGAGCCCCUGGCUGUUGACAACAAAGUGGCAUGAGCAUGUGGCUGGCUAUGAUGUAGCAGCUCUAAGAAUGCUGGUAGCUCUACCAAAGGCAGAUGAUCACACAAUGCCAAAUCUCAUGCAAGCAGUGGAAGAAUAUUUUGAAAGCGCCUUGGUUUUGUUGGACAUCACAGACGAGUUGAUCUUGCAGCGUCUUAACUCUCCUGAUCCAUUGAAAGAUGGAAUAAAUAACUCUCCUCUUCACCGGCAUCAAGAGGACACAACAAUGAAGUCAUACAUCCGCUCAACAGUUGGUCUCCUAGCCAUGCUACUGAGAGCGGAUGGAAGCCAAGAUUAUGAGGUUCCUAUCACACAUGACCUCAUGCAAGCUGUGCAACAUUUAGAACUGGCAUUGAGGGAGGGGGAGCAGACCGCAGAAAAGAUACAUGCAGUCCUCACCAUUGUCUGGAUGACCAAGUGGGUCAAAGGGGAAGACAACACAAUUCCUUGCCCAACAGAGCGGUUCAUGAUUCUGCACACUCUGGAGGUUGAUGGACGACAUAAAGAACCUGUGCUUAUCACUCCAGACUUUGCCAGAGUGGAGUACUGCAUGCGACUUGCAUGUUUGAAACAGCUGAAGGUUCUUAGUGCUGAGGUAUACAAUGGCAACGAUGAAGCUGCUUGUGAUGCCCUCCAACCUUGGUUCACAGAGAAGACCGGCUCUCCUUUCAGUGGCAUACGAUCCCUUCAGCAUCGAGCAUCGAGCAUUGCCUACAAUACUGUCAGUCUCCCUCGUGUGUGGUGGGUAGAUCGCAGGAGAUGGAUGGAGAUGCUGUACCGAGGCAACAAGGUGCACAUAGAUGAUCUGAGAGAGAUAUUUGCAUCCAUGGAGGAGAAAAUGGUGGAUCUCUGGGAGAACAAGGUAUUGGCUGGAAUCAAGAUGAGGGUAUGCUAUGACAACAUUGUGGACGACAUUAGCAACCACGACGUGGGCUACUGUUUCUUGUCGGACCGCAGAAACACUUGUUUCAAGGAUCGCGACCGUUUUCUCAAGGCCCUCAUAAGUGAUCCCAAGCACUUUGCUCAGUUUGCUGUCAUGCGUCAAGGAAAGCUGGUGUGGAACAGGAGCACCCUGCUGCAGUGGCUAGGAGACUAUGCAGAUUUUCAAAAGCUUGUCCUAGCCAGAUGCGAGAUGCUGAGCGGAGCGCCAGGUCGUGGCACGGAACUAACAGCCAUGACCUAUAGAAAUACCAAGACUCGCUCUCAGCGCAACCUAGUCAUGCUGGGAAAGAAUCUGACAAUGCUCAGAACAUAUCACAAGGGAACAGCACUGACCGGGACAGACAAGUUAAUCCCUCACUCCAUAGACGGAGUCACAGCCGACAUUAUGAUUCAAGACCUUGCCCUGACCAGACCCUUUGCAGAAGUUGCUGCAUACAUUUGCUAUCCAGACAAGCCAUGGAUCAAAGAGUUCUAUCAGAAGCAGAUAUUCAUCAACAACGAUAUGCUGUUUACCACGGAGAAUCUGUCAGCCACAAUGAAAAGGGAAUGUAUGCUCAAACUUGGAUUUAGUAUGACCGUCAACCCAUGGCGUCACAUCAGUACGGCUUUCAGACGCAAGCUAGGUCGGUUUGCUGAAGAACUGCUGGAGGAUGAUGAUGAAGACACUAUAGAGGCCCUUCAAGCUGGUCAUAGCAGGGCUACUGAGAACCGCAUAUAUGGUCUUAGUCCAGACAUGCUGGCUGGAGGGGCAGAGGAUCUACUGCCUCUAUUUCUUCAAGCAAGCACAAAUUGGCAGCUGCUGAUGCGCACAGUUCCAGGAGGUCUGCAAUUAGCAUACACCGAUGCUAGGGCCAUCCACUUCCAACAGUUGGCAGAGUCAGGAAGGUUUGCCUCAGACUUUGAAGACCCGCCUCCCAACAAAGUCCCUGGGUUGAAGGCAGACAUUCGCAUAGACACUGAGGACAUGGUUUGUCACAUGGUACGCAAGCUGGAGGAUAGGUUUAUGGCUGGCAUGGAACAGCGGUUGACAGACAGAAUGGUAGAUGCACUCACACCGGUGCUAGAAGGAGUCAUCAAGGAAGCUGUGAAAGCAGCCAUACCACCGCAACCAGCAGUAAUUCCCACCAAUGAUUUAGAUUUUGAUGACAUCUAUGGAGAGGCCAGUAGUCAAGGACCCGAGCAAGGCUCAAGCAAGACUCCCAAAGCCAAAGGCAAGCCAUACUGCAAUAUUCAACAUAAGCAUAAACUAAUCAGACCCCUACUGCGCCUAAAAGAUACAGGUAACCGUAUCAGUCACAAUGGCCUGGCCACAAUAAAAAUCAUUCUCAAUAAUUCCAAAAGCCAAUGGAUAUCUCCAGAACAAAGAGAAGCAGUCAUCGCUACCUUAAAGCGAGAGACCGAUGUCAUUGCCAUGCUCAGGACAGGAGGAGGAAAGUCCAUGUUGGCCAUCCUUCCAGCCAUCAUGGAGAUAGACAAAGCGGUGGUGGUGGUUCUUCCUCUGAAGUCUUUGAUGACAGACUGGGAGAGAAAACUCACAGCCAUGAGAAUUCCCUAUCAAGUCUAUGACCAGACACAACCUUUGUCCCCCGGCAAAAAUUUGAUCCUGGUAUCUGCAGACAAGGCUAGAUUCAAGACUUGGAGACAAUAUCUGGCAGAGCUCAAUGAGAUCCUGCCAGUAAGCAGGAUAAUAUUUGAUGAAGCCCAUCUCGCUCUGCUAUCAGAAGACUUCCGGUUGUCCAUGCGUAAUCUGCACGAGAUAAGACAGUUCGCCAUGCAGAUUAUACUCCUGAGUGGCUCAAUGCCUCUUUUGAGUGUUCCUGCCCUCAGAGAGUUAUUUGGGCUUUUGCUUACAACGGUCGAGAUAAGACAGUGCAGCAACCGACCGGAGCUGGAGUACAUCAUGGAGCCACCAGCUCAGUCCCACACCCUGGCAGCCAAGGUCAUUCAGAUUGUAGAGAAAGAGCAGCUAGGAUGGACUGCCAAAGACAGAGGCUUGAUAUUUGUGACAUACAUAGAAGAUGGAAAAAAUCUGUCUAGAAGGGUGAGCAGUCUACAAACUACCAUAUAUGUAUCCUAA